CGCUGGUCUCGCCGGUGAGGAAGAAUCGCGGAAGAGGGGAAAGCUUUCCUGACGCUUCAGCAGGCUAACCACUAACAAAGAUUACUAUCUGUCUAAGCAGCGGUUCAACCAGGGUUACAAGUUGGAUAGACACCCGGACUGAAGGAUCAAGAUGACAGCCGCACCUUACAACUACUCCUACAUCUUCAAAUACAUCAUCAUCGGUGAUAUGGGCGUAGGGAAGUCUUGUCUGCUGCACCAGUUCACAGAGAAAAAAUUCAUGGCGGACUGUCCCCACACCAUCGGGGUGGAGUUUGGGACGAGGAUCAUGGAGGUCCACGGUCAGAAGGUGAAGCUGCAGAUCUGGGACACGGCCGGCCAGGAGCGGUUCAGGGCCGUCACCCGGUCCUACUACAGAGGGGCCGCCGGGGCCCUCAUGGUCUACGACAUCACCAGGAGGAGCACUUAUAAUCACCUAAGCAGCUGGUUGACAGAUGCCAGGAACCUGACCAACCCAAACACAGUAAUCAUUCUGAUUGGCAACAAGGCCGACCUGGAGGCUCAAAGAGACGUGACGUACGAGGAGGCCAAACAGUUUGCUGAAGAGAAUGGUUUGCUGUUUCUAGAGGCCAGCGCUAAGACAGGGGAGAACGUGGAGGAGGCCUUCCUGGAGGCAGCAAAGAGGAUCUACCAGAACAUCCAAGAUGGCAGUCUGGACCUGAACGCUGCCGAGUCAGGAGUCCAGCACAAACCGUCAGCGCCACAGGGAGGCCGCCUCAACGCCGACAGCCACCUGCCUAAAGAGGGCUGCAGCUGCUAACCACAGACCACAUCAAACAGACGGACGGACAGAGACAGAUACGUACACAGAGAUCCCCUCUCCUCCAGGCACUAACAUCCAUCUUCUCUCCAGAGUGCAUCAAGCAGAAUUUAGCUGGAUUUCUUUUAACAUAGCAGUGGCACAGUCCAGCCAUCUGUUGUCAAAUCCAGACCGCAGUUCGGUACCCAAUUGAGCCCUCAUCCACCCAGUCCAACUUGGUUGAAUCAGGACACCCUCAACCAAAUCCACAAAAUGAAUCCCUCAGCAUAACUUCCGACCACUCUAGGUCCACACCUGGAUCACGCUGGCUCACAUUCCAACUCACUCACUUUGUCACAACGCAGACUGCCUUCAGCCCACAUCCAGGCACGCUUGGGCCAAACCUAGGCCAGUCUGGACUCUUCUAAGACCAAAAUAAUACAGCCAUGAUCCCAGCACCAGAAAAACUUUUUUCCAAGACUGGACUACUCUCAGGACCCUGUCUCUUCCGAGUUUGGAACUCAGCUGGUCCAACUCAAGCAAAGGUUGCUUAAAUUUCACACUAACCUCAUCCAGAAUGCAAAACACCCAUGUCUGAAGAGACAAAUAAAAAUACACGUCUCAAAUUUGGACCAACUCACCGCCCAAAUAGAGGUUGCACCAAAAUAGGUUGCCUUUAUUCCAAAUCUGGACGUCGCUGUGGAGAAACCCAGAGCCCAGUCUUAAACCGGAUUGCCCCUAGUCCAAAUUGAGACUGCUUUCAACCCACAUCCAGACAUGCUUUGCCCAAACUUCAGCCGAUCUGGAUCAUUCUAACCCUAGAAUAAGACAAGCCUAAAUCCAUAACCAGUCAUUGCUUUUUCCCCAAGCCCGGACUACCCUCCAGACCGCAUGUCUUCCAAGUCUGGAGCACUGGUGGCCCAACUCAAGUUUGGUUAAAUCCAAAUUGGGGACUGCCCUGGUCACAAAUGUGAAACACUGAGAAUUUAAGAGACAAAGCUUCGAGGCUCAAACUUUAACCAGCCUACAACCCAACUGGACUAAAGGGGUUGACUUAAUUCUAAAUCCGGACAUUGCAAUGGAGAGCUGGACCAACGCCCGGUCCAAAUCAAGACCACCAUCAGCUCACGUAUAGGCAUGCGUGACGUAGAGGUAGGCAAAGCGGGACUGUUCAAAUCCCAGAAUUGGACAGCCAUAAACCCAUUACCAGAUACCCUUUUUUUUUCCCAAGAGUAAACUACCCUCCAGACCCAGUGUCUUCCCAAUCUUGAGCCCCAAUCAUGGGUAAUCCAGAUUUGGUCGUCCCUCAAAUUUGGACUACCCCCGUCCCAGAGACAAAACACCCAAGUCCGUGGAGACGCAAAGAUACAGGAUUCAAAUUCAGACCAACCUACAGCCUAAACCCGAUCUACACAUUUGCCAAAAUGCCGAUCAUCCUAGUUCUAAUUGGACAUCGCUAUGGACACAUCCAGAGCAUAGGCUCAAGCUGGACUGCCUUCACCCCACAUCCGGGCCUACGUUUGGACCAAAGAUGAGGGUAGUGCAAAUUUGGAACUACCUUUGUCACAAAUGUGAAACACCCAUGUCCUAGAGACAAAUAAGGAGACGACACUUGAUUUCGGACAAUCCUAGAGUCCAAAUCUGGACUGCUUCACUAAAAUUCGGAUCACCCAAGUUCCAACUAUGGACAUUCCUAUGUACAUAUUCAGAGCCUCGGCUCAACCCAAACUGCACUCAGUGCUAAUCAGUGACCACCUUGAGCCCAAAUCUACAAACCUAGACCUUCAGCCCGAAUCUAGCUAUAAUCUGAUACACAAUGACUCCAGAUUGUCCAAACCUUCAGUUCUGAUAUUCACUCUUUGAUAUAAACUUCUGGAUUUAUAUUCGUAUUUCUGUCUUUUACGUGUGAGAUAUCCCCUCAUUUGUUGUUCAGUUGGAAAAGUCUUUAAAACUCAUAAUUCAUACAUAGAUUAUAUCACAGAGUGGCCUGGACACCUGAACCCGCUCUGGGAUUCCUCUUUCUUCCUAUGCUCGAUUUCAUGCCUCAUCGAACUUGUUCCUGAUCCACGAGUUUCCAAACAAUGCUGUCUAAUGAAGCGCGCUGCCCUUUGAGCUGCCUGCCAGAUUAUUCGGUUAAUUUUUCCAUCAGUUGUUCUGCGUGGACUACCGACCCCCGGCAUUUACAGCAUACAUGCAUAUUAACUGUUGUUGUUGCGGUCAGAUGCGUCUCUGGGGGCGUUCCAUCUGUAGUUUUACGUGUCUGACUACAGUCGAGUCGACUCGGAUGCAGGUUAAAGGGGUACUCCGCUGAUUUCACACAUGCUGUACUGUGGCUCUGUAGGAGCUUUGUUAAAUUUGCAAAAAUAACCCCGACAGUGUGCGUAAUUUGGCUGCGGCUCAAAGACUAUAACAGAAUGAACAACAGAGAGCCCGCUUUAUGAACUGGAGUUGGGUUGCCAGGCAGGGUGUGUCUACCGAAAGACGUCAUCGAGUUGCUUUAUGGAAAAUUACAGGAUCUGGGAUUUUUGUGUUUGACACAUUAUAAACUAAAAGUCAGGGUAUCUCAGCCUCUGCUGCUUCAGUUUUGACUUGUCAUUCUCUAAUAUGUCUCUCGCAAGUUCCUCAACUUUAUCGAUGUGCAACACUAAAAGCCUUAGUUUGCCUUAAAAACGUUGCAUGACAUGUCGUCCGACCACGUCUUAAUCCCUAGAGUACCCCUUUGAUCGGCAAAUGGCGACAGAAGAGCUAGGAUGUCACUCCACGUGGAACCACAUAUUAACACACAUGCACACGGAGGUCUUCAAGGGUCCAAAAUUUCAGACCUGACCUGAAACAGACCUGUGGAGACUCUACCUGAAUCCAGCGUGGAUACGAAUGCAUUUUCAAACAAGAGACAUGAUGUAAAAACUACCUGAGGGCAAUAGCAGACUGUCCGCAGAUAUCAGAUUGAAUAUUUGGACCCAGCCCUACUUGGGUCCUGGGUAAGGUCUCUAGUUCCAGGAACGUAGUGGACCCUUGAAGACCUCUAAUAAACAUACAGUAUAUUCACAGACAGGAACCCCAACCCCACCCAAUAAACUCACCAUCUCUGCAACUCCACACUUUGCCUUUUACAAACAUCUACAAUAUUUCAGGCAAAUAACUUUGUUUAAAGCAACUUUGACUAUUGAUCGCUCUGUGGAGAGAUGUAGCGACUGAUUGAUGAAGGGGAUGAUGAACAUGGCUUACCUGAACCAGAAUGUCACAACUGGUCCCUCAGUGGACCUCAAGUUCAGGAGAGAUUUUUAUUCAAUUUUUUUGAUUUUUUUUUUUUGUUUUUUUGUUGUUUUUUAAAUCAAAUAUAAAGACAGUAUAUUUUUGAUGUCACAGCUCCCCCUAGUGGCCGUUUUUUUGCAUCCUUCCUGGUUAAAUGCGUAUUGAUGGAAGAAAAAUGACACAAGUGGAAGCAAUGCAGAUUCUUUUAACUUAUUACCGCCUGUUUUGGCUUCGUUAUUUUAGUUUUCUUCUAAACGUUAGGCCGGAAUUACAAUUUACUUGAAUGCGUUACUCUGGUUUGUGGUUCAAUACAAUUAAAUUGGUGUGUUGCGAUGAAGGCUUCACACGUCUUACUUAAACUGAUCAUUGGUUAGCUCUGCAAAAGUUAGCAGACAAAGUAUUUCUGCGGAAGAGUUGCAAAACAAAUUCUACAAGUGAUAUCUUAAGGAAGAUUUGGCCAUUUUUCAAAAUGCAAACAUUUUUUAAUGUGGUCUGGAUCAACUCUAAAUGCCCGAGCCUUGAUAUCCUGAAGUGCUUUAAAAUUUCCUUUCCACUAACUGUCAGUCAUCAGCUAAGUGAUUAAAGGUAGAAUUAAUUCAUGGUGUUUAAGCGUGUGAUCCCGGUGCUACAGGAACCAGUUCUCUCAGACUAAUCGGGUCGGUCAGUAAAUUUUGUUCCUCAAGAAGCAUUCCAGCGCCGACUAGCUCAAACAGAAACACCAACAGUCCAGCGCCGCUACACCUUAUUUGACAUUUUGUUCCAUCUUUCAAAGCUGCAUCAAUUGAUACUUUAGUCACCUUGGGGAGAGGAAAAAAAAACGCACUGUAUAAUAAUACACAGUAAUUCUGCCUAAACACCGGGAAGGAUUUGGAGAUUUGUGAAAAGCGUGAGAAAAGUUUUCUCUCAUACGAAAUCUCAGAAGCACCGAACGUCACCAACAGGCUGUCUGAUGAGUGAAGGUAGAAAUUACUACAUACUGUAGUAACACAAUGAGUUAAAGAAUCAAAAGUUAGGAAAAAAAAAGAUGAACUUAGUUUCUGAUUGAUCUUCAAUCAGUGGAUAAAUUAAACUGUGUAUACUUAACUCCAUGAAUCUUUACCUGCCUCUUUGUGGUCCCAGGUUUGCUCAGCGCAGGAAUACAUGAAAACACAGAAAAUGGGAAACGCUGAAGGAAAAUAAAGAUCUAUGAAAUGGAGAAACUGAUGUGAGAAAAUGUGCAAAGAAAUAACCACAUUUAAAAAAAUAUAUAUUUAAAAAAAACAGUAAAAAGGUAAACGUAUUUCAGAAAAGAAAAAAAAAGAAAAAUUCAGAAAUAUGAAACGUUAAGUCGUGAUAAUGCCCAAAAACUAUUUUGACUUACCAUUAGUAUUUUAAUUUCUAUCAUUCUGAAUGAUCUUGAGUUUUCCUGUUUAUCCCAGUGGAAAUACAUUCAUCUUCAUCAUCGUGACUCACUGUCUCCCACUUUCACACAUAGUUAUAAUUACAACUUACCGUAUUUUUUAUUCUUGAUAGUAAUUGUAAGAUGAUUUUUUUCACUAUCUGGGGGUAACAGAGAAAUAAAUAAACUGAUAUUAUUUAA